CACCCUCCUUUCUUGCUUGAAAUCGAUCAAAAAUGGGUGCGAUUUUGAUUCCAAUGACGAGUUUUCUUCUGUUAAUUGUAUCGUCGGUUAAUGGUUACUAUAUAACUCCAUGGAGCAAUGCUCAUGCCACCUUCUAUGGUGGUGGUGAUGCCUCGGGAACAAUGGGUGGGGCUUGUGGGUAUGGAAACUUAUAUAGUCAAGGGUAUGGUACAAACACUGCUGCAUUGAGUACACCUUUGUUCAACAAUGGGUUGAGUUGUGGAGCAUGCUUUGAGCUCCGGUGUGUGAAUGAUCCACAAUGGUGUCUUCCGGGAACCAUCGUUGUCACCGCCACCAAUUUUUGUCCGCCGGGAGGAUGGUGUGAUAAUAUUCAUUUCGAUCUUUCCCAGCCUAUUUUCCUUCAUAUUGCUCAAUACCGAGCCGGAGUUGUGCCCGUUGCGUAUCGAAGGGUACCAUGCAGAAGAAGGGGCGGGAUUAGGUUCACAAUAAACGGGCACUCAUACUUCAAUUUGGUUCUAAUCACAAACGUAGGAGAUGCAGGGGAUGUGAGAACUGUAUUCAUCAAAGGGUCGAGAACAAGCUGGCAACCAAUGUCCAGAAAUUGGGGGCAAAAUUGGCAAAGCAAUAGUUACCUCAACGGACAAUCUCUGUCUUUUAAGGUCACCACUGGGGAUGGCCGAAGUCUUGUGUCCUACAAUGUGGCUCCUCCCAGUUGGUCGUUCGGGCAAACGUAUACUGGAGGCCAAUUUCGUUAACCACUUCCUACAGUGGUAUCUAGUCUGAUAUUUUGGACUAUAAUUAAUACCUUGAAAGUUAUGAGUUUGAAUCUCUUUCUGUUUUGUCUUCUCGAAAGAAGCAGUAGGAUCGGGAUGAACAAUUAAAUAAACUGAAGUAACUGUGUUCUAUAGGAAAUACGUAUACAAGUUUGACUAAUAUAAAAUUGUACUCUACUCAUAUAAAUGAACGUAUAGUGUCAUUUCCGUUGUAUGGAAUCAUUUUAAAAUUCCUACUCGGGUGUAAUCGUAUAACUAUAAGAAAAACAUGUUGCAUUUUAAGAUUAAUAUGCGUUUAAGUAUG